AUGGCGGACAACCAAGCCGCUCAACAACAACAGGCAGAGCCACAAAAUGUGCCUGCCCCCAAUCCUCUUGAUCCUCUCUCAGACCCUUUCUUUCUCCAUGGCUCCGAGCAGCCUGGAUCUCUUCUUGUCGCUGAAACCCUUACUGCCACGAACUACAAUGACUGGAGUAGGGCGAUGCUCAAUGCACUUGCUGCUAAAAACAAAGUUGGCUUCAUCAAUGGCACUAUUCCACAGCCAGAGGCUACAGAUCCACGUCAUGGCGCCUGGAUUCGAAACAAUGUCAUGGUGCUUUCUUGGAUACAGCAAGCUUCUUCCUCAGAGAUUCGCAAAACCAUUCUCUCAAGUAAAACAGCAGCUGAAGCUUGGUCUAGUCUACAAACAAGGUAUGGAUCUGGUGAUUUGAUUCGGAUUGCUGAGCUUGAAGAAGCCCUUUCUACUCUGCAUCAAGGUAAUCGUACCAUUACUGAGUACUAUGGCUAUGUCAUCACUCUUCGUGAUGAGUUAGAGAACUACCAACCAAUUUUGCCAUGUACUUGCACCCCCACUAGUCACCAUGACUGUGCUGCCAUGACUCGUGUCCUGCAAUAUCAUGAAACCAGCUAUGUGAUUAAGUUCUUGCGUGGGUUAAAUGAUAACUAUGCUACUGUUAGAGCUCAAGUGCUAUUUGGGGAGGAACUACCUACAAUCAACAGGGUCUUUCAACGCAUGUUACAGCAUGAAAGACAGAUCUAUGGUACACAAACUGGCAAAAUGGUUGCAUCCACACAGACAGAUCCAACUGCUCUUGGUUUUCAAGGAGGAAACAGAAGGACUUCUACCAAUAGCAAACCACCCUACUGCACAUUUUGUAGAAGAGAGGGACACACUGAGGACAUCUGUUUUCAGAAGCAUGGAUGGCCACCUGGCAUGUCCAGACCUCAAGCCUCCACAUCUGGAACUGUCAUUAUCUGCAACCAUUGCAAAAGAAGAGGACACUCUGAAGACAAAUGUUUUCAGAAGCAUGGUUAUCCAGCUAAUUUUGUCCCUCGAUCCUCAUCAACUGCUCCUCCCAGACCAAGACCAACAGCUGCUCUUCUCAGCACUCCAUCCAGUAAUGAUGAAGUCAAGCUCACUAGGUCAGAUUAUGAGAAACUUAUGAGCUUAAUGUCUUCCACAAAGACACAACCCUCUUUCUCUGCUGCUGCAUAUGUGACUACACCAGGUACUACUUUUUCUCCAACUCCACCAGCACCAAUAUUGAAUGCUUUUUCUACAAACCCUCCCAAAUGGAUUGUUGACACAGGAGCCUCUGAUCACAUUGUGUGCUCCUUAGCUUACCUCCAUGACCCUCAACCAUUACACAAUAUUUUCAUCACCCUUCCUACUGGUGAACAAAUCCAAGCAACACAUUCAGGAACUGCCAUCUGCAGUGGUGACUUGCACUUACAUGAUGCCUUGUUUGUUCCAAACUUCACUUUCAACCUUAUCUCUGUGAGCAGAUUAACUUCUAAGAACUCAUUGUGUUUAACCUUUCACUCAACCACUUGUCUUAUACAGGAUCUGAAGCAGACGAAAGUGAUUGGUUCUGCUAAACUCUGCAAUGGCCUUUAUUACCUUGAAGCUUCCCUUUUUCCUAAGUUGAUCUCAGCUGCCUCCACCUCCACCUUUGACCUAUGGCAUUUUCGAUUAGGGCAUGUCUCCCAUUCCAAAAUUCCCAUACUCAAUCAAUUUUGUACCUCCAUUGCUACUCUAAGAGAUCAACCUUGUGAUGUCUGUCAUUUUGCUAAGCAAAAACGUCUCCCUUUUCCUACCAGUCAGUCUGUAACUUCUUUCCCUUUUGAACUUCUUCAUGUGGACAUCUGGGGUCCCAACUCUGUCCCAACUUAUGAUGGAUUCAAAUACUUCUUAACUGUUGUUGAUGAUUACACUCGAAUGACAUGGAUCAUUCUUUUGCAACUUAAAUCAGAGGCAAGACCUAAACUUAUUGCCUUCUGCAAUCAGAUGGAAAGACAAUUCCAAACAAAAAUCAAAAUCAUAAGAAGUGAUCAAGGAAAAGAAUUCCAAAUGGAAGAUUUCUUUCACACAACAGGCAUUGUUCAUGAAAUGUCCUGUGUCCAAACGCCACAGCAAAAUAGUAAAGUAGAAAGGAAGCAUCAGCACAUCCUUGCUGUUGCUAGAGCCCUUCAGUUCCAAGCAUCCCUUCCCCCUGCUUUCUGGGGUGACUGUGUCAAACACUCAGUCUACCUAAUCAAUCGUGUUCCAACUCCCAUUCUCUCAAACCAAACUCCCUUUCAAAUGCUUCACAACAAACAGCCAGACUUAACUGAUCUAAGGGUUUUUGGCUGCCUGUGUUAUGCCAGUACACUAGCCAGCCACAGAACCAAAUUUCAACCAAGGGCAAGAAAAGCUAUCUUCAUUGGUUAUGCCCCUGGGAUUAAAGGUUACAAACUGUAUGACAUCACCUCCCAUGAGGUGUUCAUAUCUAGAGAUGUGAUUUUCUAUGAGUCCUAUUUCCCAUACAAAAAUUCCUCUCCUGACCAUGAUUCUAGUUCUGAUCCAGAUUUUCUCUUCCUCAUCCCAAAUUCAAACAACAGCCUCAUUCAUGAUCUUUCACCAUCUUCUCCUUUCCCACCUCCAUCUCCUUUCCCAGCUGCAGACUCUCCUGCUGCUUCACCUAUUCCAGAUAUCACUCCUUCCCCACCUACCAGCCCACUGCCUUCACCACCCACCUCUCCAGAUAUACCAUCACCACCACCUCCCCCACCAAUCCAACCAGUAAGACGUUCAGACAGACAAUCCAAACCCCCUCCCCAUCUGGUCAAAAAUUACCAUUGUUUUUUAUCACAGGGUCCAAGCAGAACCAGUCACUCAAGUCUGCAACAGAACCAAGCUUCCAGGUAUUCUUUCCCUUCCUUCCUGUCAUAUGACAAACUUUCACCUGCUCACAAAAAAUUUCUUCUGAACAUUUCAAGUCAUCAUGAACCCCAAUCUUACCAAGAGGCUUCACAACAUGAGAUCUGGAACAGUGCAAUGCAGCUUGAAAUUCAAGCUUUACUCAAAAAUCAUACCUGGGAUGUGGUCAGUUUACCUAAAGGGGUGAAACCUAUCAGCAACAAAUGGAUCUACAAGGACAAAUUCCUCUCUGAUGGUUCUUUGGAGAGACACAAAGCAAGACUAGUUGCCAAAGGCAACACUCAACAAGAGGGAAUUGACUAUCAGGACACUUUUGCUCCUGUCAUCAAAAUGACCACUGUCAGAACCUUUCUUGCAAUUGCUGCCAUGAGAAAUUGGCAUGUUCACCAACUAGAUGUGAACAAUGCAUUUCUCCAUGGAGAUUUGCAAGAAGAGGUUUAUAUGACCCUACCAAAAGGGUAUACUCCCCCACCUGGUAUUCCCAACCCAGUCUGCAAACUGAAAAAGUCCUUAUAUGGCUUAAAACAAGCAUCUAGACAGUGGUUUUCCAAAUUGACUGACAAAUUGGGACAGGUUGGUUACACACAGAGUCAAGCAGACCAUUCACUGUUUUUCAAGGUCACAGACACUAGCUAUACUUGCAUUCUGAUCUAUGUGGAUGAUCUAGUUCUGGGAGGCAAUGAUAUUGAUGAGAUUCAAUCAUUAAAAGAGAUUCUGCACAAGGAAUUCAGCAUUAAAGACAUGGGAGAUUUGAAAUUCUUCCUUGGUAUUGAAGUGGCUCGAAGCAAGUCUGGCAUUCACAUCAGUCAAAGGAAAUACACUCUGGAAAUCUUAGAAGAAGCAAAUGUACUGGAUACAAAACCUGUCACUACACCUAUGGACUACAAACUCCACCUCAGCAAUGCCCCAGAUACAGCAUUUGAAGACCCUGAACUCUACAGAACACUUGUAGGGAAGUUGAUCUACCUCACUACAUCACGCCCUGACAUCAGUUUUGCCACACAGCAACUGAGUCAGUUCAUGUCUUCACCAACAAUCACUCACUACAAAGCUGUUCUUCGUGUUCUAAGGUACCUGAAGUCUGCACCUGCAACUGGUCUCUUCUUUCCCUCAACAGGCACAUUUCAACUCAAGGCCUUUGCUGACUCCGAUUGGGCAGCCUGUGUUGACACCAGAAGAUCGACUACUGGUUUUUGCAUCUAUGUUGGUGACUCUUUGAUCUCCUGGAAAAGUAAAAAGCAAAGAACAGUAUCAAGAUCAUCAUGUGAAGCAGAAUACAGGGCCCUCGCCCAAACGGCUUGUGAAAUACAGUGGCUGCAAUACCUUCUAGCCGAUUUCCAAGCCUCUUCCUCAGCUCCAGCAACUCUAUAUUGCGACAACCAGAGCGCAAUUCACAUUGCCAAAAACCCAACCUUCCACGAAAGAACCAAACACAUCGAACUGGAUUGCCACUUUGUUCGAGAGAAGACACAAUCAGGGACUCUGAAGCUUCUUCAUAUCUCCUCAGCUCACCAAUUGGCGGAUUUGUUCACCAAACCCUUGUCUCCAGCUCCAUUUCAGACACUGCUCUCCAAGCUUGGUGUGCGCAAUCUUUGCCCACCAGCUUGCGGGGGGGUAACAGAAGGAAAAUUCAUUUCCAACGGUCAGAUUACUCUACGACAACGUUUCGACACGAGACAAGGAGCUUAA